AUGGCUGAUGAUCCAAUACCUCUGGCGUCUUUGUCGCUAACACACGUACACUAUGACCCCACCGACCAUAUAUCCUACCUCUGCGCCUGGCUCGCCCUAAUCCCCCAAGGCCUCUGCGUAAUGUACGCCACCCUAAUCUGGUCAACUCGAGAAAUCGAAAUCGCCCUCCUCUUCGCCGGGCAACUAGCCUGCGAGGCUUUAAACUUCGCCCUAAAACGGCUGAUCAAAGAAGAGCGUCCACCGCGUAUGAACGGAAAGGGGUACGGCAUGCCUAGCAGCCACGCGCAAUUCGUUGCUUACUUCGCCGUAUCACUCUCAUUGUUUCUAUUGGUCCGCCACAAACCCCCGAGUCCACGCGUAAGAAGACGGAAUCACACGCCGAUGAGCAUAUCCGAGCGUGCUGGUUGGAGCGUCCUGGCUCUUGCGGUUGCGGCGGCGGUGGCUUGGAGUCGGAUUUAUUUAAACUAUCAUACCGAGAAACAGGUCAUGGUCGGCGCGGCAGCGGGGACGGUGAGCGCUGUGGGGUGGUUUGUGAUCACGGAGCUAAUACGACGGUCUGGGUGGUUAGCUUGGGGGCUUGAGACGCCGAUAGCGAGGUUCUUCCGCGUGAGGGAUUUGGUUAUUGAGGAGGAUAUGUGUCAGGCUGGGUGGGAGAAGUGGGACGACAAGAUGACGGCUUUGAGGGCGAAGAAGAAACAAAAGUGA